CGGAGGGGACAGAGGGGACAGGCUGGGGUUACAGUCUGGAUAGCGUUCUUGGGGUGUCGUUGUUUUAUCGCAGGACUUUAAAUUUUUAAAGGUGUCUCACCAUAGCAACAGUGGAAUAGCAACAAGAAAAGAAUCGAAAUAAAAUUAAAAAAAUGUCUGGCGUUCUGUCUCAGACCUUGACGUUAUUUUCCAGACAGAAUAGUACAUUGUGCUCUCUGGCUGUAUUGAGCCUGCAGGCACGGCAGACCCACUGGCAAACAACUAUUCUGGGGCUCAGGACGUCUCUGCCUAUGAGAGCAGAGCCUAAGAAAAAGAAGAAGGUGGACCCCAAGAGGGAGGUGGCGUUGAGAGACCGUCUGAAGAAGAAGCUGAAGAAGCUGGAGAGGGUUCCUCCAGAGCUGAUCCCCAUCGAGGACUUCAUAACCCCGACUAAAUACCUGGACGAAACAAGGGUACGAGAGCCUCCCCAGCUGUCCUUUGAGGAGAGUGAGCGCAGGGCGCUGCUGAUGAAGGCGUGGUCUCGCUACAAGCAGGAGCAGCACGAGGUGGAGAUGAAGACUAUCAGUGACGCGCUGGAGGCUCAGAGGGAAGCGCUGGAGGAACUGCGACUGGAGUCAGAAGAGCUUUAUCAAGCAGCCCUCAAACGAGACCAAAGGCUCUUUCCAUACGAGAGCCAGGGACCCUGCUACACCCCACCAAUACCUGGCUAUCAGGCACCCGAAGGCAAAUUCAAUGACAUAACCAAGGUGCAUACGCAAUAGAGAAGAGGCUGAAGGGUUCUGUGCAUACAUGUGUCUACUGUACAUUAAGCAUUUUUUUGGAUAAAUAAUAAUAAAAAAAAAAACUGCU